CGUCAUCAGGACGGUAGUUGCGGAAGUAGCCGGCGCUGUUUGCAGAGGAUGAGACCUGCUUGGCGACCGAGGAGGGACAAGAGGAGUGAGCUGCAGGGUCUGUCAUAAUAAAACAACACACAGGUAGAGAUGGGUGAUCCCGAAACGUGAUCCUUUAAAGAUCCGUUUCCAACAGUUUCAUUUUCUGAUCUGUCUUGGGUCCCGUUUAAAACUGGACUGAACAGAGAGCAGCUUUUCCUGAGGUAUGGGUGCACUACAGUCCUUACCUGGUCAACCACAAUACGCUGAUCUGGCGGAAAAGACUGGCUUUUCAUAUGAUCAGAUUGGAGUCCUACAUAAAAGAUUCAACCAGUUGAGCCACAAUGAAGAAACUCUGCGGAGAGAUCACUUCAAUGAUAUUCCAGACCUCGCAUGCAAUCCCAUUCGUUCACAGAUCAUAGAGGCCUUCUUUGACAGACGAAACUUUCGUCAGAAUGGUGAGGGUACGGUUGACGAGAUCGGCUUUGAGCAGUUCCUGGUCGUCAUGUCUCAUUUCAAGCCUCCGUCACUGCACAUAACAGAUGACCAGCGUGAGAAGAUCAGGAAGGAGAAACUGAGAUUUAUAUUCAACAUGCACGACACAGACAACGAUGGAACAAUAACCCUGGAGGAAUACAGACAUGUGGUGGAGGAGCUGUUAUCUCUCAGUGAGACGCUGGAGAAGAACACGGCCAAAAGCAUUGCUGAUGCUGCCAUGUUGGAGGUGGCCAGUAUUUCAAUGGGUCACAUGGAACCUGACGAGUUCUACGAGGGAAUCACAUUUGAGCAUUUCCUAAAGUUGCUCGCUGAAUUUGAAAUUGAAUCAAGAAUGAACAUUCGCUUUUUGAAAAUGGACACAACAACCUUAUGUAAGUGAGGUUGAUACACGAAACUUUGCAGUGACUUCGGGAAAAAUCUAAGGAUGCAUAAUCUGUUGUUUGCUACACCAGUUUGGCACUUGUGUUGAAUAUAUGCCGUACUCAUGUUUGAAUAACUAUGCAAACUGAAAGAAAAUAUAUAUACAGUACUGUAGCUGUAUUAGGAGUAGUUUAUUUGAUUGUAAGCAAUAAUGAGAUAAUCAGUCAACAAUCAGCCUUUUAGCACUUCAGUAAAGCAAUAAUCAAAUAUCAAUGUCUGGAGAAGCAGACAGUAUGACUUAAAGCAUGCAAAUAACACUUGAAGAACCUUUGAAAAUGUUAAUGCCAUAAAUCAGUAACGCAAUAAUCAGGGAUAUAAAGUGUAUUUUAUAAAUAUAUCUAGACAUGUCUAAUAAUAGCAAUGCAACAGUUUGAUAUGCCUUUUAUUCAUGUUACAAAUACACCCAUGUGACACUUGUUGCAUGCUCUGCACACUACAUUUACACAAUAAAAGACAGUAAACAGA